AUGGUAGUCAUUGUUGCUUCUCUAUUCUUACCAUUCCAACCAGAAUUUGAAUUCGGGGACUCAAAUGAUGUAUCAGGAACUAAACAAAAUGAUCCAAAUGAUCCAUCUACAGAUGGUACUCCAACUGUAAAACGCUCACAAUCAUUCCAUUCCUUGGCGGCAACCGCUGGAAAACAGGAGAAAGAAACUGAUAAAAGUUCUACUAAUAAUGAAGGACAGAAACAAGGUGGAGUUCCAGCUGUACUGAACCCUCAAUUUUUAAUGGAAAAUUUGACUGCUACUACAAGUAAUUCUGCGGUUGUUACUCCUGUGACUCCUCUUUAUAGUCUUGGGAAUGCGUCCGUUGAAGAGUUUUUUGCCUCGGGAUCUGUUGCAAAACCGAAGGAUAACGAUGGGAGUUCAGCUGUGCAUUCUACAGUAUCAUCUCCCUCGGGAGAGCUUGCAAGUGGCUUACAUUCGGGAGCUAAUUCGGGUGGUGUGGAUACGACUGCAAACCUUUUAAAGAAUGUAAACAAGUCGUUGUUGUAUCAGUCCGUGCUGGCAGGUAGCCGCUCUAUGACUGCAUUGGAGGGCAGUAAAGUUAUACCCAGCGCAGCAUCUCGUUCAAGACAACUACUUGAUGUGGGAAAGGAUAAAACUCCUCACACUUCUCUCUCUGCUGUCAGAUGGAACGCCCAGCAUAAGCUAGGGACACCAGGAGUUGUCACAGCGCAUUCAAGUUUAAAGUAUCCCUUGACACCUGAUCAUCAGAGCCCUUCAAAUACAGAGCAAGAUGACGCUCUUAAAAGUGAUGAUGAGUGUGAUAAUAUUGUUGUGCAGCAUUCAGGUAGGCGGUCUCCAAAGGUUGCAAAGUACGGAGGUUACUCCGACAGAGCCAAAUUAAGGGCGCAACUAUUCAACACAAAAGAUAUGCUAAAGAAUGUCCCCUGGAAGAUAGUACCUAGCAUUAAAGGUAACGGUGGACUUCGUAACGCCCUAGGCACAGCUAUAAUUGAGAAGACCAUUGACCAACCUGUGAUUUGGGUUGGGACUGUAGGUAUACCUACCGAUAAUGUGCCAGAUGAAGUAAUGGAUGAUAUAACAGUGGCAUUGAAACAAAACUUCCACUCUCGUACUGUUAUAACUGACAAUGUCACGUUUAAAGGUGCGUACGUAAAUUUCUGCAAGCAAAUCUUGUGGCCUACUUUAAACUACCAAAUUCCAGACAAUCCUAAUUCGAAAGCUUUCGAAGAUCAUUCUUGGAACUAUUACCAGCAUUUGAAUCAACAAUUUGCAGACAAGAUAGUGGAAACAUAUCAAGAUGGUGACACUAUUUGGAUCCAUGACUAUCAUUUAAUGCUUGUUCCAGGUAUGAUUCGCAAGAAGCUACCCUCAGCAAAAAUUGGAUUCUUUCUUCAUGUAUCUUUUCCUAGUAGUGAAGUUUUUAGAUGCUUUGCUCAGAGAGAUAAUAUUCUUGAAGGUAUGUUAGGUGCUAAUUCUCUAGGUUUCCAAACGGAGGAGUAUGCCAGGCAUUUCCAACAAACUACAAAUAGGUUACUGAUGGCAGAUGUCGAUACGCAUUUACUAAAAUACAAGGGAAGACUUAUUGCAGUUGAAAGUAUUCCCAUUGGAAUUGAUGCCUUAGACUUAGAGGCGCAGAUCAAAUCAGAAGCUACUCAAGAAUGGAGGAAAUUAAUUCGCGAGAGAUGGGCUGGAAAGCAGCUUAUUGUAUGUCGUGAUCAAUUCGAUAGGAUUCGUGGCCUAAAGAAGAAGAUGUUAGCAUACGAGCAGUUUUUGAAGGAUAAUCCUGAAUACAUCGACAAGGUGGUAUUAAUUCAAAUAUGUUUGGGUUCAGGUUUUGACGCUGAACUAGAACGAGAAGUCAUGAUGAUUGUUGACAGAGUCAAUGCACUAUCAAAUGAUAUAAGCGCUUCUCCACCGGUGGUGGUCCUACAUCAAGACCUUCAAUUUCCUCAAUACCUGGCACUUGGAUGCGAAGCUGAUUUAUUCUUAAUUACCACUAUGCGUGAGGGAAUGAACUUAACAUGCCAUGAGUUUGUUAUUUGCUCACAAGACAAGAAUGCGCCACUGAUAUUAUCUGAAUUCACUGGUAGCGCUCACGUUUUAAGCCAGGGUGCGUUUUUGAUUAACCCCUGGGAUAUAAAACAGGUUUCACAAGUUAUCAAGAAAGCACUCGAAUUAUCAAAGGAAGAAAAACGUCGUAGAUGGAAACAGCUAUUCAAAAGUGUUAUUACGCAUGAUUCCGAUCGAUGGAUCGUAUCUUCACUAACUAAUAUUGCUAAUACAUGGGAAGCUAAUAAUGAAAGAUCGAAGGUAUAUAACCUAACGUUAUCGAAGAUACAAGACAGUUAUGUUAAAUCCAAAAGGCACCUAUUUGUCCUAAAAAUAUCUGAGCCUCUAAAUGCUCGGUCACUAGCUGUGCUUGCGGAGUUGAGUUCCAAGCAUAGUGUAUUUGUAAUGAAUUCGUUUUCUAGAUCAGUGCUAGAACGGAUUUAUAGUAGAGUUCCAAAUAUUGGUCUCAUUGCUGAAAAUGGUGCAUUCGUUAGACUAAAUGGUACUUGGUAUAACUUGGUGGACGACAUAUCUUGGAAAGAGGAUAUCGUGAAGGUUAUUGAAGAUAAAGUAGAGCGUCUACCAGGAUCUUACUAUAAGGAAGGUGAGACUAUGAUUAGGUUUCAUAGUGAAAAUGCAGAAGACAAAGAUCGUGUAUCUAACGUCAUUGGUGAUGCCAUUACGCAUGUCAACACCUUAUUUGGAGAUAGUGGUAUUCAUGCCUAUAUUCAUAGGGAUAUAAUGUAUGUUCAGCAGUCUGGAUUGGCUGUUAGAGCAAUGAAUUUCUUGCUAAAUCAAUGCAAUUCCGCGGGGUGCGAGCCCAAUGCCAGUCCAGAUGGAUCACCACUAACGUCUCCUGUCGUGAAUUCUAUUGCCACAUUAUCUUCACCUAGUACUAGCGGGUCCAAGACUUCCAGCAACAGUACCACAUCCUAUUUAUCUAAAAAUAGGCCAGACCGCAGAGUAGACUUUGUUGCAAUUACUGGCUCCUCUUCGCCAAUCAUUGAGCCACUUUUCCAGCUUGUAAACCAAUCAGCAAAGGACGGUGAGAUUGCCAACUGCUACACAAUCGCCUACGGUGAGGCUAUUAAAACCUACGCAAAAGAACAUAUUCAGGGUUUGAAUGAACUCUUCGGUAUCCUGGACAAAUUGGUCAAGCUAUAA